AUGUCGGCUCGAAAGCCCUCCCCAAUUUCCUCGGAAAGGACACCGCUCCUCGCUGAACCCGAAGAUGCGCCCUCCCACCACCCACCUUCUCCAUCGGAUUCACUAGACGAUAUCCAAGGGAAGAAGCGGAAGAGAUGGCCAACUAUUGUAGCUUUGACAGUCUUGUGUCUUGCUGUACUUCUCAUUUGCCUUGGCCUGGCUCUACCUUCCGUCAUCGAAGAAUAUGCAAAAGAGGGAAUGGUCUUCGAACCGACCAAGCUUACCAUCGAUUCCUUUACGUCUUUCGGCGUGCGCGCAAGGAUACAAGGUGAUUUUUAUAUGGACGCUUCCAAAGUGCAGCAUAAAGCAACAAGAGACCUUGGAAGAUUUGGCACAUGGAUUGCCAGAGAGGUGGAAAGUAAAACAUCCACCGUGGAUGUCUUUCUACCGGACUACAACGAUGUUCUGCUGGGCUCUGCCACUGUUCCUCCGAUGAAACUGAACAUAAGAAACCACCAACACAACAAUAUCAAUUUCAUUGCGGAUUUGGAGCCUGGCGAUGUUGAUGGGAUUCGAAGGAUCGCGAAAGAUUUCCUCGAUCAAAAGAUUAAUAGUUUAAACGUCAAGGCAAUUGCACGGGUGUCAGUCAGGAGUGGGCUUAUUAAUGUCGGCAAGCAGACCAUCACUCAGUUUUUGAAACUGCAAGGUCAGGACAUUCCAACAGUCCCAGCAUUCGAUCUUCAGAAAUUAAGAUUCGCCGAACAUGGACUGCCAGGACAUCCCGAUGGAUUGAAAGCUAUGGCCGUGGUCUCAAUCGCUAAUCAAUACCCAGUAACUUUCGACGUUCCUUCUCUGGCAUUUGAAGUAUUACUCCCUGAUUGUUCUGACGAUUAUCUCUCCCUUGGAACCGCCCGGACAGACAUCAUACACAUUGCCCCUAACAAAAAUAUCAGCGUCGGGGUUACCGGUAUUGUCCAACAAUUGCCAACAUCAUUGACUUCAGCCUGCCCUGGAUCAGAUUCAUCCCCACUGGACAGCUUUGUCGCUGACUAUCUGGGAGGUAGGGAAACAAUUGUCUACAUCCGUGGUGGCGAUCAAGACGAGAGCACGCCGGAAUGGAUUGGAAACCUAUUGAAAGAUACAAUCCUACCAUUCCCACUGCCGGAACAUCAAUUUGAUAAUCUGAUCAAGAACUUCUCACUCGAAGACACUCAUUUUUCGCUACCUGAUCUUGGAUCGGAAACAUAUCCGAAGAUCUCCGCUGUUGUCAAGGUCAUGGUUGGUCUACCUGCGGAGAUGAAUAUCAACAUGGAUGUGGACAAAGUCCGGGCAGACGCCGAAGUUUUCUACAAAGGUGAUCUACUUGGAAAUCUCGACUUACGCAAGUGGCAAUCAUCGAAUGCCACAAAGAUUGAUGGGGAUUUACUGGUUCAAUCGAUUGUGAAGGAGGCUCCACUCAUCAUCUCAAAUGAUGAUGUCUUCACAAGUGUCGUUCAUGAGUUGCUGUUCGGUGAAGGUGUAUCUCUCGAGGUACAUGCCAAGGUCGAUGUCCAUACCAACACUGCGCUUGGGACAUUUGUGGUGCGAAAUAUUCCAGCACAGGGUGACAUCUUCAUCAAACCUAUCAAUGGUGGGUUCAAGAUGCCAGAAAUCAAGGGUAUGGAAGUCGUCGAAACGUCCGAGCAUGCAUUAACUUUACAGGCAAAGGUUAACGUGACUAAUCCCACCGAAUAUUCCGCAUCGGUUCCUUAUUGCAAUGUCAGUCUUCUGGUGAAUGAUACGCGAGUUGGUUAUGCCUGGAUCUCUGCCGACAUUGUACCGGGUCCCAAUGAGGUCAUCAUGAGGGCUUCUUGGGAAGUGGGAAGUGUUGGUAGAGAGUGGUUGUCGCAAUUCAUCUCCGGCUAUAACACCACGUUGACUGUGAAAACACAUGCCAACUCAAUUCCGAGAUUUCCCAAUGUUGAUUUGGAGUUGACCAUGCCAACUCCCAGAAUAUUUGGCCAUUUCCUCAAGGAAACCACGAUGCAUAUACUGUCAUCAACCGCAACAUUUGUUCUCGUGUCACCAUUUGCGCUAUACAUCACGAGCAUUGCUGCGCAUGCAUAUUAUAACGGCUCUGAAAUUGGCACUAUCAAUUGGGAAUAUCCUUUUGCCAUUGAAGAAGGCGAGAAUGUGACACCCAGGUUACCUGUUGAGUGGGGUGGAAAUGCCCUCGGAACCAUACGAGAUGCUCUAGGUGGCACUUUGAAAGUGGACGCAAAUGCAGAUGUCGGUGUAAAGAUAGGCAAAUGGCAAGAACAAAUAUGGUACGAAGGCAAAGGUCUUGGUGCGAAGAUACGACUUUGA